AUGGCGAGGGCUGCCCCGAUGUGGGAGUACCUUGGGUUAGGGGACCAGUCCGCGGUGGCGGAGGGUCACCUCUCGGAGGAGUCCAUGACGGGGAUCGCAUGGAUGGUGCUCGGAUCUGCGUCGGGGGAGCCAUCAGUCGAUGAAGGCCUGGCCCCAUUCUCGGUGUUCAAGCCGAGACUUGUCGACCUCCCUUAUCUAGGGACGGUCUUCGUCUCCCUAGCCCCAAGGGGGGGACCACACAUGCUGGACGAUGGCCCCAAGGCGGACACAUGGUUGGAGCUGAUGAAGUGGCGUGGCGCCUUCGAUGAGCUGGUCGCCUUCUUCUAUGACUCCAUCGCAGAGAUGAUGGGCCCCUAUGGGGACGUUCUUCGGUCUUCAACAGGGGAUAUAUGCCUCCUGUGGGGUGAGAAUCGACCAGAUGGUCGUGACGCCAUAGCUGGAGCCGAGGUGCUGGUCCAGUUCUCCCAGAGAAAGUCGGACCUCAUCCGGGAGUGGGAGAAGGCUGCUCCAUGGGCGCUUUCUAGCCCCUCUGAUGGGGGCACGAGGUCCUUGCCCACCUUGCUCCCCAACCCCUAUCCUCCAACUGGCAAGCGGGUGGCAGCACUGAUGGAGGCACUUGUCAGGGAAGGCGAUGGGGCACGCAGCGUCGUGGCACGUCUGGAUUCUGAGCUGGCGGCAGAAUGGGAGGCCAAGUGCAACGCGGAGGCGAGGGCUGAGGUGUCUCGGCAGAAGGUUGUAGAGGCGAAGGAGGCUUGCUAG